UCAAUAUGUGGCUUUCAGAUGCUCAGAAAAUCGGUGUGGCUCUCACGACGUUCGGCGCGCUGUUUAUGUUGCUGGGUGUUAUGCUCUUCUUCGACGGCGCUCUUCUUGCUCUCGGCAAUAUACUCUUCGUUUCAGGCCUCACCCUCAUAAUUGGACCCCAGAAAACGUUUUAUUUCUUCGCAAGGAAGCAGAAACUACGUGGCACCAUAUGUUUCAUCGGUGGGAUUAUUCUCGUUUUUGUAAAGUGGCCGUUCGUUGGUAUGGUUGUGGAGACGUUUGGGUUCUUGAACCUGUUCGGUGACUUUUUCCCUGUCAUCAUUACUUUCAUGAGGCAGCUACCUUUUAUUGGGACAGUGCUGUCGCUCCCUUACGUGAGAGAUGUAGUAGACCGUAUCACAGGGUCGCGAACGUCCGCUGUGUAAUCAUAAACAUAACUCAUUUGCCCCCUCCAAAGACAUGACACCCAUGGACUGUACGCCUAUCUUUAAUGUGUCUAACAAGCCUAUACUACCUCAAUGUGGGCGGUACCCGACUUCUCCUUGCCAUCUUGUGACCUCUGAUUUGAUUCGUCUUCUUUCGUGUAUGGGUCUGUGUUUGAUGCACCCAUCCGUCUUUGAGCUAACUGGUCAACAUUGCGGAAGUGGAAACCGUCUUUCACCGUCUGGGAAAUGACAAGUCCU